AACAAUACCAAGAUUAGAACUUUCAGCAGUGUUUAUUGGCUGAGCUUAUCGUAAACGUUAAGGAAACCAUAGGUUUUGAUUGCAGCUUUCACUGCUGGUCGGACUCGUCUAUUGUGUUGGCUUGGAUUCGGCAGCCUCCGAGGGAGUUCAACGUAUUUGUGUCUAAUAGAAUCGCGAAAAUCCAGGAAAUGACGAAAGGAAUGGCUUGGCAUCAUGUUCCAACAGACUUAAAUCCGGCGGAUGUGGUAUCGCGCAGAUGUACCCCCAAAGAAUUGCUGGAGCACUCCCUUUGGGCAAAUGGACCUCCAUUUCUACUGAAAGGAGCGUCGAACUGGCCCUCCCUAUUAGAUGCAGUAAAGAACCUUCCGGAACGGCGUUCCACGGCGCUAAUUGGAACCGUUGGCACUGACAUAUCUAUCAACUGCAAGUUUCUCAACUCAUUCGAAAAGUUGCAGCGUGUUUUUGCGUACAUUUAUCGAUUCAUUUUAAAUUGCAGAGCCAAAUCAUUACCUUCAACCAUCUAUCUUACCGUUGACGAGAUCAGCUUCGGAACCGUUCUGCUUCUAAGGAGCAUUCAACAGGUUCACAUAGCGGUGGAGUAUGAGGUUCUUAGCCGAGGCAAGCCUUGUCCUCCGAAGAGCAAGUUGAUUUCUCUGAGGCUAAUACUUAGCUCUGAGGGUUUACUUCGUCAUCCGAUAUUGUUACCCAAGGAUCAUCCGGUCCUCAGAGCGAUUAUCGUCUAUUAUCAUGAGAAAUACUUCCACGCAGGGCCACAGGCGUUGCUUGCUGCUUUACGGCAAAGGUGUUGGCCACUUGGAGGCCGAAAGUUCGUGGCUAGCGUCAUCAACAAAUGCGUCAGAUGCUUUCGGAUGAAGCCUGUGGCUUGGGAAAACGUGAUGGGUAGCUUGCUAGCAGAUCGAGUUCAGCCUAACCCAGCUUUUCACACCACAGGAGUGGACUAUUGUGGACCGUUCUAUCACAAGUCAGAGGUCCGGAACAAAGCACCCCACAAGUGCUACAUCGCCGUCUUUGUCUGCUUUUCGACGAAGGCUGCGCACUUGGAAGUCGUCCAGAAUCUCACAACGGAUUCUUUCAUUGCUUCUUUGAGAAGAUUCAUUAGCCUCAGAGGCAGUCCACGUACUAUUUGGAGUGAUAAUGCCACAAACUUUGUUGGCGCUAAACGAGAGCUAGCGGAACUGAAGGAGUUAUUUUUGAGCGAACCGCACACGGCUUCGAUAACUUCUUCCUGCUUACCGAAUGGGAUUGAUUGGAAGUUCAUACCCCCGCGUGCCCCACAUUUCGGUGGUCUAUGGGAGGCGGCUGUAAAAUCGGCAAAAUUUCACUUCUACCGAGUUGUCGAAAACGCUGACAAUUUUGAGAUGCUAACGCCAGCGCAUUUCCUCAAAGGUUCCAGCUACACAAGGUUUCCUGAGCCUGACGUUACUCAUCUUCGCGAGGGAGGACAACCUUCCACCGAUGAAAUGGCAGCUUGGGUGCAUCCAUAA